AUGGUGCAACUAAAUUGGCUAGGUGUAACACUUGGCUCGCUCCUCUUUUUCUUGCCUGUCCUGGCAGAUACAUGCUGGCGUAAUACCUCUUGUUCCGGGCCAACAGACACUGCUUUUACCGGACCAUGGGAAAAGAACAUCUACGCACCCGCCUCACGCACAGUCCGACCAGCCAAACCCUUAUCGGAACUGAAGAAAAAUGCCAUCACGGACUCGUCCCACCCAUACAAAGUGAUCUUAAAAGGCAACAGCUCACUAAUAGUGUUUGACUUCGGUAUCGAAGUAGGCGGUAUAGUUCACCUGGAGUAUACAUCCACCGGAAGCGGAGCAUUAGGGUUAGCAUUCACAGAAGCGAAGAACUGGAUCGGAGAAUGGUCAGAUUCAUCAAAUGCGCUUUACCAUGAUGGAGCACUAUAUGCCAAUUUCUCUUCGGCUGGCAAAGGAAACUAUGACAUGCCAGACAAGUACCUGCGCGGAGGAUUCCGAUACUUGACGGUCUUUUUGGUCACUGAUGACGACUCGACGAAUGUGAAGAUCGAUGAUUUGAACUUGGAACUUGGCUUUCAGCCUACUUGGUCCAAUCUUCGGGCUUACCAGGGUUAUUUCCAUUGCAGUGAUGAGCUUCUGAAUCGUAUCUGGUAUAGCGGUGCUUAUACCCUGCAGACGAAUGAGGUACCCGUGGACACCGGUCGUGUGACGAAGGGUGUUACUUCUGGUUGGGUUAACAACGGGACUAUGGGCCCGGGAAAUACUAUUAUUGUCGACGGCGCAAAGCGAGACCGUGCGGUUUGGCCUGGGGAUAUGGGGGUCGCGGUGCCUUCGGCUUUCGUGAGCCUGGGGGAUCUGGACAGCGUCAAGAAUGCGUUGCAGAUUAUGUACAACACGCAAGACAAAACAACAGGUGCAUUUGACGAAUCGGGGCCACCGCUCAGUCAAAAGAACUCGGACACAUAUCAUAUGUGGUCGAUGAUUGGGACCUACAACUAUGUGCUGUAUACUAAUGAUACCGACUUCUUGCUUCAUAAUUGGGAGAAUUAUCAACAUGCCAUGGAAUACAUCUACGGCAAGGUGACCUACCCUAGUGGUCUCUUAAAUGUGACAGGCACUCGAGACUGGGCCAGAUGGCAGCAAGGCUACAACAACUCCGAGGCACAAAUGAUCCUAUAUCAUACCCUAAAGACAGGAGCAUGCCUCGCAUCCUGGGCCGGAGACACAGAACAUCUCUCAAAAACCUGGACGGCCCGCGCCGCAAAACUGAAAGAAGCAAUAAAUACCUACUGCUGGGACCCAAGCUACGGCGCCUUCAAAGACAACGCAACAGAAACAACCCUCCACCCCCAAGACGCAAACAGCAUGGCAAUCCUCUUCGGCGUAGUAAACCAAACGCGCGCAUCCAGCAUCUCCGAAAAACUGCUCGCAAACUGGACACCAAUCGGCGCCGUCGCACCAGAACUACCAGAAAACAUCGCAUCAUUCAUUUCCUCCUUCGAGAUCCAAAGCCAUUUCGUCGUGGGCAAGCCUGAGCGUGCCCUUGAUCUCAUUCGGAGGAGUUGGGGGUGGUAUAUUAAUAAUCCCAACGGUACGGAGAGUACUGUUAUCGAAGGAUAUCUUCGGAAUGGGAUGUUUGGGUAUCGCAUGGAUCGGGGUUAUGGGUAUGAUCCGUCUUAUGUUUCGCAUGCGCAUGGUUGGUCUGCUGGGCCUACUUCUGCGUUGACUGAGUUUGUUGUUGGUCUUCGGGUUACUUCGCCUUUGGGGGCGACUUGGAAGAUUGAGCCUCAGUUUGGAGAUUUGAAGUUUGCUGAGGCUGGUUUUGUUACUGAGCUUGGGAAGUUUUUGGCUUCUUGGAAACUAGGGUCGGGGGGGUAUUCUUUAACUUUUGAGGUGCCGAAGGGAACUGUGGGCAGUCUUGUUCUGCCCUUUGUUACUCCUUCUAGGGAGCCUGUGGUGACUAUUGAUGGGGACCGCUUGUUCAGAGGGUUGAGCUAUGCUGGUGACACUGUGACUGUUAAAGCUACUGGUGGCUCUCACAGAGUGGUUGUCAGAUAA